AUGGAGAACUUGCAGGUCCUCAAGCAGAACACGUUCUCGGAUGCCGUAUCAGUGACGAGCAGCCUGGCACCUAGCGCGAUGGAUUCAGACGAUCUGGAAGACACGGACACUCUGGACGAUGACACGAUUGAGGAAGAGUCUGUCGUGGCUAUGCCGACGAACAGCGCGCGCGAGCCGGCGCCCGCCGCGUCACCCAGCAGUCCAGCACCUCCAGCGACUGCGACUACGCCUUUGACGCCUGCGACGGGCCCGGCUGCGGCACCCCUCGGAAGCAGCCUCUCCCUAUCAACGAUGAGCCAGUACUCAACGGACGGCCACCAGGCGUCUUCCACACCCGCGCGGCGCGGCGGCUUGGAGCCAUCUCGUUUCGGCGGCGCCUCGUUCUUCAAGAACCUUCGCAAGAAGAAGGACGACCCACCGAGCGCUUCGGGAGGAGCGGUAACGUCGCCCCGGUCGCCUGAUGCGGAUGUUAGUGCCGUGGGCGAUGGGCGGCUGCGCCGCUACUCCGAGGCACCGAUCUCGAACCCCAUCGUUGGACGACCGGGUGCGCCGCCGAGUCCUCCCACGCCGCGAGCGCGCGGUCCCCCUGGUGGCGGCGUCGAAUCGGCGCCGCGCCUCGGAGGUGCGGGCAGCACGUCACUGGUGCCGCGAGUUGCGCCGUCAAAUGCCUCUUCGCGGCGCUCGAAGCGGCACUCGUCUUCGUUGCCGCGCGGCAUGCGUCGCGUCAUCAUCCGAGGUGUUUCUCCCCGUACGAUGCAGGCGCUGCUGUUCUACCUAUACACGAACCAGGUGCAUUUUGUGUCGAUUCCGCACAUUCCGCCGCACGGUCAGCUGAACGAGCUGCACGACGAGGCGCUCGAGCACUUGGGCAACGGCUCGAAGCAGAACCCCGCGCUGUGGCCGCCCGCAUUCUCGAACAAGUCGGCGUACUGCCUGGGCAAGCAGCUCGACCUGCCGGACCUGAUGCUCCGUGCGUUCGAGCACAUCUCACUGAACCUGUCGACGCGCUCGGUGCUUGCCGAUCUGCUGUCGCCGUUUGGUGACCGCUUCAGCGAUGUGCAGCGCGUGCACCUUGACUACAUCACGCGCCACUGGGAGGAGGUCAAGACGCGCCCCGACUUUGUGCCGAUCGUGGAAAACUUGGCGCACGGCCAGUACCCCAAGUCAAGCGCCAGUCUGUUCCAGCUGUUCUCCAAGUUGAGCAUGUCGCACUAA